AUGCCCAAGAUCAACAACGUCGUUGCGGUGGGCUGUGGCACCAUAUCGCGGUUCGAGGACGCGGACCUGCGUGACCAUAGCAUGUCGCAACAUGCACUGAUGCUCGCCGUACGAGAUCUCGUAGAGGCCAGCUGCAAGAAGCAGCGCAUCGUCCAGUGCUUUGCUCAAGACCCUAUCUACGAUCCGGUAGAUAAAGCGGUCCUGGAGGAUGCGGAUAUCACCGUGUUGAGUGAUCCGAGAAUCUGGCUCGAGAUUGACGAAGGGAGCGUGGUCAUUUCAGUUGGGCCUAACAUUCCAGUCUUGGAAAUCAUUGCCGACAUUGCGAGACCGCUCGUUCUAGUGAUCUCGCGGCCCCGUCUAACUGAAGUCGCACCUCGAGUCCGCACCAUGCUUUUAAACGAGUACAUCCGAGAAGAGCACUUUGAUAUUACCCAAGCCUUCGGUGACGCUGCAAUUUUCGUCAGAACACCGUGA